AUGUUCUGUCUUCGCCGAAUUCAACCGGCGGUCUCGCUGAGAGCUGUACGGACCUACUCCGUUGCAAACCCAAACGUUGUGAACCAGGCCAAACCACUGCAGUCCAGCACCCCCGGUGGUGAGGGCUCGCCGAGUGCUACGAGUACGUCGGCUGCACAACCGUUCUCAAUACCGCUUACUCCUGCCGCGCCAAAGAUCGCGGUGAAGCCAAAGAUCACAGUGGUUAGUGGAACCAUGGCAGGAACCCCGCUGAAGAAUAUCAACUACCUGAAAGGGAAGAGCGAUCCAGUUGCUCUGGAAGACUCCGAGUAUCCUGAAUGGCUGUGGUCCUUGCUGGAUAAGAAGACUACUGUGGAUGGGCUAGAAGGAGAAGAAGUAGGAGAUCUUUACUCAAAAUCUAAAAAGGAACGUAAAAUCGCCAAAAAGCGUGCCGAAAAGGUCGCCGCUCUUCAGUCUCUCAACUCAGAGAUCCGCAUUCCCAUCACUGAGCAAACCAUCGAUCUCCCAUUUACCACCUCUCCCAACCAUCCGUUCACCCGAGUCGUAGCAGCGGUUGGGGGUGUGGGUGAAAACAUUCCUGGUGCGAAGCCUGGGUUAAGUAAGGCAAUGAGACCAUCAACGGUGGAAAUUGGUGGGGAAGUGCAGGUCAGUGCAGAGGAGGCGCUUGCAGCGAGAUUGGAGGUCAAGAGAGAGAUGAGGAAGAAGAGUAGGGCUGCUAUUAAGGAAAAGAACUUCUUGAGUACUUUGGGGAGGUAG